CGUCUUUGCUGUCAUUGCACCGACAUUCCUGCAGAUGGCAGCAGCGCAAUGUGGACGAUACGCGCGGAAGCAGAGGAAGAAACUGUUGACGCUUUGUUUUCGGGUGACGGGUCUCAAAACAUAAACCAAAAUAAAACAUAAAUUAACGCGCGUUUCAGCGACUUGCAUCAACAUGUCGGAUAGCGGCACAUCUAGGAGCGAAACGCCGCUGGCAGCUUCCCGGGAUGGGGUCUCUGAGUCCGCAGAUGGGACCCCCUCCUCCAGGUUCCUGCAGGCUGAGCUGGAGCUGAACGCCCUCCUGCGGGGGCUCACCUUCGGAGAGCCCGUCCGCUACGUUUACAACCCGCUGGAGUACGCCUGGGACACCCACCGCUGCUACGUGGAGAAGUACUGUCUGCCCGGGCAGAAGGUCCUCUUCCUGGGGAUGAACCCCGGACCUUUCGGCAUGGCACAGACCGGGGUCCCUUUCGGUGAGGUGAAGUCAGUCACCGACUGGCUGAAGAUCACAGGGGAGGUCGGUCGCCCCGCCGAGGAGCACCCCAAGAGACGGAUCCUGGGCCUCGGCUGCACCCAGAGCGAAGUGAGCGGCGCUCGUUUCUGGGGCUUCUUCAGGAAGCUGUGCGGCGAGCCCGAGCAGUUCUUCCGCCACUGCUUCGUCCACAACCUCUGCCCGCUGAUCUUCAUGAGCGCCAGCGGCAAGAACCUGACGCCCCCCGAGCUGCCGGCGGACGAACGAGAAGCCCUGCUGUCCCUGUGCGACGCGGCGCUCUGCCAAGCGGUGGCGGCGCUGGGCGUCUCCAUGGUGAUCGGCGUGGGGAAGGUGGCGGAGCAGAGGGCGCGGCGGGCGCUGUCCGCCGAAGGUGUGAAGGUGCGGGUGGAGGGCAUCAUGCACCCGUCGCCCAGGAACCCGUUGGCCAAUAAGGGCUGGGAGGAGGUGGCUAAAGCCAAGCUGGCAGAACUGGAGGUCCUCCCCCUGCUGAGCAGCAGCUAACGAGCCUCCUCUGAGACUCCUCCGCAGCAAUCUGAUGACUAACGAGGGGACGAAGAGCUGCUGGAAAACGCUGGCCUUACCGUCCAACUUCAACAUGAAAACUCUGCAACGCGGAAAUUUGCGAGGGAUGACGGUGAUAAAGUCGAUAAACUCAACCCCACAAACUUAAAUAAUCUCCUCCUAAAGCCCCAUGCUAAAGAGAAUGCUGAGUCUAUUUUAAACAAUAUUUAUGUUACGACUGAUGCCUUCACUCACACAUGGCGUGGUAAACGCUUCAUUCGUUCAACGGUAGUAUUGAAUCGGUAUCGGCCGAUACGCUCAGCCCAGAUAUCGGUAAGGAGAAACUGGAUGGUGCAUCUCUAGUCGCUGGUCGGCAGAGGCCUCCUCUAGGCGUGUCCUCUAGGUCUGGAUAAGCAUGGUGAAGAAAAUGAGAAUAUGAAAUGUGUUUGUAUUUCCAGACAUUAUCCCCAAUCCCAAUGUCUAAAAGUUGCCGCCUACCUUCCUUGUGUCCUGCCUCCAUUCUUAACUUUUAUUGCCCUCUUUGUUUCCUUCACUCCUUCCUUCCUUCCUUGUGUCUUUCCUUCCCUCCCUCUCUCCUUGUGUUAUUGCACCUAAGUCGUCAACCUCAAUCCCUUCCAACUCUUUCAGUCUCUUUCCUGCCUUUUUUCAUUCCAGGUGUCCUUCUUUCCUUUGCUUCCAUCUUCUUCCAUUUGUCCUUUCUUCCUUCCUUGUGUCCUUACCUUCUUUCCAUGUUUGUGUCACCUAUCGUUCGAUCCUUUUUUCCUUAUUUCCUUUUGGCCUGGCUUCCUUGUUUCCAUCCUUCAGUCGUCCCUUAUCUCCUUACUUUUUUUCCUUACUUUCAUUCUUUGUGUUCUUCCUUCCUUCCCCCUUCUUUCUAGCCUUCCAUGUGGCGUUACUCUUUUCCUACUUGUGUCUUUCCUUCCUUCCUUUUGUUACUCCAUCUUUAUGUCCAAACUCAAUUCCUUAUUGGUGUCCUUCCUUUCUUCUUAUCCUUUCCUCCUUCCUUCCUUGCCUCCUUCCUCUCCUUCAGGCUUCCGUGUUUAAUUUAUGCCAUAAAUGUGUCGUGAACCUUUGUAUUUUCCAUUUUGUAAAUGAACAGAGGAAUUCUAGAGACACGAGCCUGAAAAGGUUUGGGAGUUGUGCAAGAAAAACACACAGGAACAAAAAACUCGUCAUCUAAAGUUUGCCAGUGAACAAUCCAAGUGAUUGAGAAAAGGUUUGGCCGAGCGCGGUGUAGUCAGAUGAGACCAAAAUCUGGCUGUUUGGCAUCAACUUUAUCCGCCGUUUGUGGAGGAAGAGACACACUUCACUUGACCUGAAGGACUUUAUCAAGGAUGGAGGUGGAAAAACAUCCAUGAAAUAAAGGGACGGGGGAAAGUACCUUCAAACCCUGAAUAGAACCUCCUUGGAGGAAUAUUUUAGUGACAGGCCCAAAACAUCUUGCCAAGGCAACAAAUAAGCAGGGGGUUAAAUAUUUCUUUCUUUCUCUGGAUAUCUGAGGCUCAGGCUAAGAGGAGACUCUGUUUCCAUUUUUGUGUGUGUCAGUAAAGGCUCACUGACCUGUUAGGGCUGCAAAAGGGAAUAAUAAUAAAUGUCAUUUGUCCAAUUAGGGCAUCCAUUAGACUCUGUGUCCUUUCAGGUGGUUUAUUGAUUAAAACAUGACCCACGACAGCCCUAAAAAUUUCAGUUUCGCUGCAUUGGCUCAGUUACACUGCUGACAUAACAUAACCUAGAAUUGCUCCUAAACUCAACCACAGUCCCUGAUCUGCUCCACUGAUGCAGCGAGCGUCUGCCAUGACAGCUGUUUGUGUCCGCUGCACUAAAUCUUCUUUAUGAAACAGUUUUUUUUACUCUGCCUUUUAACUUGAACCUUUUCAGAUGAAAAAACAAUUCUGUAAACAUUUGUUACACACGUGAGACUAUUAUAAGCAGCAAUUUUCGAUCAUUCUGUUUCCUUGGUAUAUUUAUUUGGUUUUAAGAAUGUAGUUGUUUUAUGUUUCUGCACUACUGUUUUAGGGUUCUAUAUCUUGCAGGGGUUUUGCUAUCAAGCUUCGGAUCUUGAAAUUGUUCAUUUUUAUGGUCAUUUUUUUUUUUUUGUGGUGCAGCAAGGUGUCAUUGUGUAAAAAUAUAUUCUCAUGUCCAACAAGCAUUAGCCUAGCUUCUAUUCAGGACAGUCCUGGUUAAAAAUUGUUAACAUGGUAAAACUGAAAUUGACCAAGGAGGAAGGUUGGCAUAUUAGUGACACUUUUGUUGCCAUUAUGGAGUUAAUUAGAAUAAAAUGCAUCAGCGGUGA